UGCACAAUCGUCGGUUGUCGCAUUCUCCAGCACUCGUACUAACUGCUAAGUUCAGCCGGUUCCAGCGUUUUAACCCAUUUUCCGUAUUCUUCUCCUGGAGAAUAGUUUUUGUUUUUAAAAAAAGCUGUGUUCGAAUUAAUUUGGACCGAUUGAAUCCCAGGCGAAGCUUUUUUUCUGACGAAAGGCGGAAAGUCGAGAUUUUCCGCUCGGAUGUGAUCCACUCCGUUGGGCUUUCAACAUUGCCAGUCCGUUUUCAACUGCCAUUAUUUUUUCCUUCGUGUUCUUUCCAUUUUGUGCAGUAGUGAAGCAUAACUGAUAAAGUAACAUGAAGAAAGUUCGUCCAAGGGUGUUUUUUGACAUAGAGGUCGGAGGUAUAAACUUGGGCAGAGUCAUAUUCCAAUUGUACACUGACAAAUGCCCAAUAACGUGCGAGAAUUUCCGCGCCUUGUGCACCGGCGAGAAGGGGAUCGGGAAGAACUCCGGCAAACCGCUGCACUACAAAGGCAUCAUAUUCCACAGAGUCGUCAAAGACUUCAUGAUCCAAGGUGGCGAUUUCACAGUGGGAAAUGGAACUGGAGGUGAAUCCAUCUACGGAGGCACUUUUGAUGAUGAGAAUCUUGAUGGUAAACACGAGAGGCCUUUUCUGUUAUCAAUGGCAAAUCGAGGGAAGAAUACCAACGGAUCUCAAUUUUUCAUAACAACGCAGCCUGCCCCACACCUCGACGGUGUGCACGUAGUCUUUGGCGAAGUGGUAACCGGACAGAAUGUGAUCAAGCAUAUUGAGACUCUACCUGUGGACAGGAUGAGCAGACCCUUGCAGGACGCCAAGGUGGUCAACUGCGGGGAACUAAUACUUAAAAUGAAGGCGAAAGCAAAAAAGAAAGAAUCAUCUCCUGAGGAAAGUGAAUCCGUUUCCACGUCCUCGUCGGAGGAGGACAAGGAGAAAGAAGAAAAGAAAUCUAAAAAGAAGAAGAAAAAGAAGAGCAAAGAGAAAACUAAAAAAGAGACGUCGCAAAAUGAAGAGAGUGAGGAAGAUACCGAGAUAGCUCAUCCUCUUGUAACCGUGACAAAAAUAGACCCAGAAGAAAUACCAGAAGAUCCGAAAAGUUACUUGUACCGGGAUGACAAGAAGGAAAAGUCUGAAAAAAAAGAAAGAUCAGAGGGUAGGCGUGAUAAAAAAGGAAUGAAGUGGCAUCCUUUUAGAGGCUACACCAGGACUGGAAAGAAGAUCAAAGGCAGGGGUAUUUUGAGGUACAGAACACCAUCUAGGAGUCGUUCGCGUAGCUACACACCGCCCCAUUGGAAGCAGGAACAGAGCAGGACUAUUUCAUUUACUGAAUACCAGAAAAGAGAGGAAGAGAGGAAAAGGAGAGAAGAAGCACGGAAAAAGCGACAUGAAGAAAGGGAAGAACAAGAAGGAAAGGGAAAAGAGAAUGACAACUCGAUCACAUCAAAACAAGGAGAAAAGAAGAAAGACGGUUCAGAAAAAUAUGGGAAAGAAAAUUGGUUUGAGUCUGAGAAAGAAGUCAAGGAAUUAAUAGGGAAAAAACGAAAUAGGUCUGAAGAUAGAGAAGAAAAAAACACAAAAACUGAACGACUUCAUCAUGACAGCAAAGAUAGAGGCAGAGGGCGUGAUAAGGAGAAAGAUCACGAUCACCACGGUAGAAGCAGAAGUAAAAGGGACGAGAGAGGUGACCGGAACAGAGUUACUUCCCACGAAAACGGAGAAAAGGAAGAGGACCUCCGUUCUCGUCUCGGAGAAAAAAGAAGGCCGGAGCACGAUAGAAAUGACAGAAGGCGAGAAGACAAAUUCAAAACAGACGCCGAUAAAAACCGAGACAAAAGAAAAGAAGAGGACCGUCGAGUCAGAGACUCCGAUCGAAAUUCGAGCCGGGGCAGGAGGCGUAGCCCCAGAGACAGAUCGGGCGACCGAAGACAUCGAGACCGUUCGCACAACAGGAUGAAGAGGUCACGAUCCGGCGAAAGGCAACGUUCAAAAGAAAAACACGAAGAAAAACCCAAAGAAGCCGUAGUCCCAAAAAUAGUACGCUCGCGCUGGGACAUGGAGAAGAAGCCGGAACCCAAAGAAAAACCCCACGGGAAAACAUCAAGAAGCUCUUCAUCAGCUUCCUCUUCUUCCUCUACAUCCAGCACUAGCAGUAAUUCGAGCAAUGAAAGAAACUCCAAACGUCGGAGGAGGUAGAAAAUCAAUUUUAACGUUUUAAUCUCCCUCUUAUUUCUAAUUGUAUAGUACAUUUAUAUUAUAAGUUCAUUAAAUUGUUUAAAAAAACACAGACUUUUAAUACUUUAUUGCGAUCCUUUCAGAUAGAUCAGAUGUAAAAUAUUUCUUAUUUUCUUUUGUAAUUUUUUCUUAUCAAGGAUUGAUCAGCUAAUAGUCGAAUGUAUAUUUCAAGAGUUUGCGUUGCUGUUUAGUGUUAAAUCUGCAAUUUUAUGAAUUUGAAUGAUGCAAAAUAUCUUUGACAUUGAUACUAUUAAAACAUAUUUUAUUUCAAAUGUUUUA